AUGUCCGACGACUCUGACGACUCUGACGGUUCCAUCGACCUUUAUGGCUUCGACUCGGACAGCAGUGCUAAGAACGUCGUUAUUACCAAUGACGGCAGGGACUACGGCUCAGCUGUGCACUUUGACGAUCGGGAGAGCGACGACGACACGCUGGACGAGCUCAACUACCGCCGCCACCCAAUGUACCGCGAGUACGCGCCAGUCCUCAAUGCGUAUCGGCCAUUCGGCUACGUCGGCAUUCUGCACAAGCGCAAUCCCGCGACAGACUCGAACAGCAUCCGCGAGGCUGGCUUCGACCCGGAGGAGUGGGUGAUUUCCAUGCUAAAGUGCCAGCCAGCGACCAACUUUCCCCUGGAUGACUUUAUCCAAAACCACCCAGUGAAUCGCGAGCCCGACUUUAAUCCACUGGACGCGAGCCCCGAGUUUAACUGGGCAGUUGGACGUCGCCUGCUUCCUUCGUUCGUGGCAUCCAAGUCGGCCGAGCGUGUGCGCUUCUCGCAUCGAGGAGUCGCCAUCGACACCAAGUCCCGAUUUGUACGUCGCUGUCUGCGGCGUGCCGAGCGCAAUGCUUCUCGCAUUUUCAUGGUCGAUGAAGCCACAGCAACCUCGUGCUCAAUCAACCAGUCCAACAUCGACCGUCUCACGUUUCAUGGAGACCUGCUGCGCGACCCGACACUGCAGAUGGACUUGGUUGCGACUGGUUUGCCUCUGAGCGCGAAACUCUACUGGGGUGACUCAGAUACCUAUUUCGCUUCAUUCUCUAGCGGGACUGGCAGUGAACAGACUGGCUGGGUAAUGCACUCGCGCCGCUACACUCGGUACUGGGAUGAGAUUGAGAGCCCGCUCAUGACUGGCUCCAUUAUGGAGCUGUUUGACGCGCUGGAGACGAUUCGGGUUGGUCGGUCCUACUCGCUGUCCACAGCCUUGUUGGGGAAUGCCCCAGACUACGACCAAUUUUAUACCCCAUCAGCUGUGUGGGUCAUGCUGUUCCGAUACUGGAUUUUCGUCGAACGUGUACGACCACCGAAAUCUGUCAUUGAUCACUGCGCCACGACCAGCAUUGAUACGCUUCGGUACUGUUUAAGGCAUCACUACCAGGAGAUGCACGGUCUUCGCGAGGUACUGCUAGCUCGUUGGCUGAUCAACCACGUCGAUCGCCGCAGACCGAAUGCGUGGAACUGUGUCACGCUCGUCUUGGAGUGGUUGUACCCCGAGCGCAAGCCUGCGUCGUACGACUGCCUGCAUCCGCCACGGCCCACGGGUCCGACGGUUUACGACAAGUUUGGUGUGACCGAGGAAGCUGAAUGGGUCGUUUGCCGUAUUCCUUUUGGCUACAAUGCUGAUUGGCUCACGAACGUGCCCGGGUGGGAUAUGGCGACUGUGCUUGAGUGGCUACCUGAACUUGGCCGGCAGAACUUCAUUGACAGACCGACAUCGUACUUUUCGAAUUGGCUCUACCAGUUUGAGCUUGCAGGCUUUCGUACUCUGCCUGCUUUCGAUGCCAAAUCUUGGUGGUAUUCCGGUGAUGCUCAUCCAUUUGCGGUGGCGGCGACUCGACGCCUGGUUGUCGGAUGCUUGCUUGCGUGGGGACUCUCUCCUUCGAAAUGCCUCGCUUUCGUCUCAUCAUGUUCAUAUGGUGGCUGGCCAUAUGUCAAGCAUCCCUAUGACCGAGCACUUGAAAAGGAGUGGGCUCGCUUGCAUGACCGAGUGGACGCAACCAACCAGGAAACUCUCAAGCAGAUUCUGCAAAUGGCCGAGCAAGCGCAACCUUUGAGACUUUCCUCGCUGUGCCGACUCAAGCUGUGGCGGCACGAAGGGAGCGAGGAAGCAGUUGCCAAAGCGCUCGGUGUCAGCAACAUUGAUGCGCUUCUUGGACUCGUCCCACCCGUCCCGCAGCCCGAUCUGCGCGUACCUGAGGAUGUCGCGCAGUUUGUGUUGGACAUGCCUCUUGCUCGUCAUUUGCAGCGCGUUCCCGCCUAUCAUGAGAUGAGUUGA